AUGACGAAAAUGCCAGACCAGCUCGGCAAAUUCUUGUUACUUUUGUGGAAGAAUUGGGUCUUGCAGUACCGCAGACCUCUUCAAACAAUUUUCGAAAUCCUAAGCCCCGUUGUGUUUUCUGUGGUGAUAGUAGUCAUCAGAAGCCUGGUGGAUCCAAAGAAACACCCGGCUGUAGCCUAUCCGCAGUUUUGCACCUUCCCAGAAGAUUUUGAGUUUAAGAAGCAAUUAUGCAGUGAAACGGAAGGUUAUUUUAACCUGUUAUACUCACCAAGAGGUGUCGUCGUGGACAAAGUCAUGGAGGCCCUCCGUGAUACUAAUACAUUCGAAGAUGUUAUGGGAAUAGAGGAUUCUGCGAAGCUCGAAAAAUAUUUUAUUGACGAAUCUACUUAUUACAUCUUUGCUGCUAUACAAUUCGACGAUACUUAUAAAAGUCUUACCGACUUUAGCGCAAUAAAAAAUUUCAAAAUCACUCUAAGUUAUUUACAAGAUUACCACGGUGAAGGAUUUUUGUACGUUCAGCACAUCCUGACCAUGAUUCUAAUAGCCGUCAAGAACAACUUACCUCUACCCAAGAUUGAUUUUAGUCAAGUGCCGUUAAUAAGUAUGAGAAGGUAUCCGCACCCGGAAUGGUACGAGGACGCUCUACAAGUAUAUCUGCAAGUACUUCUGAGUCUAUUGAUUGUACUAAGCUUCAUUUACCCUUGCAUUAAUAUAGUUCGAUCAAUUACCACCGAAAAAGAGAAGCAACUUAAAGAAUCCAUGAAAAUAAUGGGUCUACCCAACUGGUUGCACUGGACGGCUUGGUUUGUAAAAUGUUUUAUAUUUCUGUUGUUAUCAUCGAUACUAAUUAUAAUUCUACUGAAAUUGCAAUGGAUGCCCAAACAAGAUGUCACAAUAUUCACCCAUUCAGAUCCGACGGUGUUAAUAUUAUUCCUUAUGUUUUACGUUUGCGCAACGAUCACAUUCUGUUUCGCCGUUAGUGUCAUGUUUAAUAAAGCUAAUACUGCUGCGGCCGUAGCUGGUCUGGCCUGGUUUAUUUCCUAUAUACCGUUCUUAUUAACUAGGACGCAAUUGAAUGUUCUGGGACUGGGAAGUAAACUCUUGAUGUGUUUAUGUUCCAACACUGCCGUUGCUUACGGACUAAAUAUUAUACUGUUGUACGAAAAAAUUGAGGACGGUGUCCAAUGGAAUACAUUGUUUAAGUCGUUCAACCCUGAUGAUUCGUUAUCACUGGGACUGAUAUGGAUAAUGUUAAUUAUUGACUCACUUAUUUAUAUGUUUAUCGCAAUAUAUGUAGAGACAGUUUUUCCUGGGGAGUACGGGGUAUCAAAACCGUGGUAUUUCUUGUGUAUGGCUGAUUACUGGCGCUCAUCAACUAUUUAUAAACAGGAUUCAGAGACUAGCUUUUUCGGAAACCCUGCCAACGUCGGAGAGUUCUUUGAACGUGAACCGUUUCAUUUAAGAACCGGAAUACAAAUAACAAACCUUAGAAAAGUGUUUCGUAGAAAGGCCGCCGUUGAAGAUUUAUCCUUAAAUUUGUACGAGGACCAAAUAACCGUCUUGCUGGGACACAACGGUGCUGGAAAAACGACCACCAUGUCCAUGUUAACCGGGAUGAUAACACCCACCAGCGGCACUGCAAAAGUCAAUGGAUUCGACAUUCGCACUGAAAUGGAUGGCGUAAGACAGAGUCUGGGGCUUUGUCCACAGCACAACAUCAUCUUCGAUCAGCUGACUGUAGAGGAACAUUUGUACUUUUUCAGUAAACUAAAGGGCCUUCAUAAAUCUGAAAUUAAGGCAGAAAUUGACAAGUAUAUUAAACUGUUGGAAUUGGAAGACAAGAGACACUCCAAAUCAAAAACUCUCUCAGGCGGGAUGAUCCGUAAGUUGUGCGUGGGCAUGGCACUAUGUGGAAAUUCAAAGGUAGUAAUGUUAGAUGAACCCACGGCUGGCAUGGAUCCUUCAGCUAGGAGAGCUCUAUGGAUUCUUUUGAAACGACAAAAAGAAGGACGUACAAUAUUACUGAGCACUCAUUUCAUGGAUGAAGCGGACCUUCUUGGAGACAGGAUAGCUAUCAUGGCGGCGGGACAGUUGCAGUGCUGCGGAUCGAGCUUCUUCCUGAAGAAAAAAUUCGGAGCAGGCUACAAUCUCGUCAUGGACAAAUCCCCAGAGUGCCGUCCCGCAGAAGUUACCGCGUUGUUACGGAAAUAUAUACCUGACAUUGAGGUUCAUAGUAAUGUUGGUUCGGAGUUGAUAUAUCUCAUGGAACAAAGUUACUCUUCCAAAUUCGAACCCAUGCUGAAGGAAUUAGAAAACAACUCAAAGGGAUUGGGAAUUCUUGGGUACGGCAUUUCUUUGACGACAAUGGAAGAAGUGUUCAUGAAGGUUGGAGCAGAAGGCAUUACAGAGGAUGCACCUAAAAAGGAACCGAAUGUGAAUGAAAAUAUUACAGUGACCAGUGGGGGACGACCACAAUUUACCGGAGGCAUCAAGCUCUUAGGUAACCAAUUCCUGGCUAUGUUUAUGAAGAGAUCCCUUUCUACAUGUCGAUCAUGGCCCUUACUUCUAAUUCAGAUAGCCAUUGCGAUUACUUUCGUUAUUGUUGCCGUAAUGUACAUUAGAGCGCAAAAAUUCGCGAACCUAUCAACACCAGUCCCCUUGGAUUUAAGCAAAUUCAACAAACCAGUUGUACUGGUGGAAGAUCUUUCAAAUUCUUCUUAUCUACAACCAUAUUUGAAUUAUUUGAAGACUAAUGGUUACAGUUAUGAGAAAACCAAUAAUUUAUCGAAAAGAGUCGUAGAACUGACUAAUAGAUCCCCUGUUAAAGCCCGAUCAAAAUAUGUUGUGGGCGUUACCUUUGACAAAGAAAAUAAUAAGGACCAUAUAACUGCUUGGUUCAACAAUGAUGCCUAUCAUACUCCAGGCAUCUCCUUGGCCCUUGUUUUAAACACAAUCUUCAAAUUAGCGCUGAAAUGUGAUGAUUGUUCCAUAGAAUUUGUAAAUCAUCCUAUGCCGUACGAUAUAUACGUAAAAUUUUAUAUGCUUAUGUCUGGUGAAAACUUGGGUUUCUCUUCAGCUCUUCAACUAGCAAUCGGUAUGGCGUUCGUGACUUCAUUUUAUGUACUUUUUAUAAUAAAAGAAAGAAUAUCUAAGUCCAAACACCUACAGCUAGUCUCUGGGGUAAAUGUACUAGUCUUUUGGUUAACAUCAGUAUUAUGGGAUAUGCUAACCUUCAUAUUGAUUAGUUUACUAGUUAUAACUGUUUACGCCUGUUUUCAAGAGGACGGAUUUAAAUCUGGUCCACAAUUAGGUCGUGUAUUCCUCCUUUUCUGUAUGUUUGGCUGGGCAUUCUUACCUUUAGCGUACAUAGCAGCAAAUUUUUUCCACACCGCUGCGGCAGGUUUUACUAAAAUGGUAAUAUUUAAUAUUUUAACAGGAGUAGUAGCAUUUCUACUUACCAAUAACCUAAAAGGGAUACCCUCCACAACUGAUAUAGGAGAUGAUCUUCAUGAGGUGUUUUUAAUUUUUCCACACUUUUGCCUUGCAAUGGGACUAAUAGACGUGUAUGAAUUUCAAAUUCAGAAGGAGCUAUGCAAAAAGUGUGAGGUCCAGUUUUGCCAUGAAGGUAUGAAAAAAGGGGAAUGCAAAGACGUCCAUAAGAGCUACUAUAUGUGGGAUUCGCCAGGAAUUGGUAAAAAUCUAUCUUUCUUAUUUAUUGUGGGCCUGAUUUUAUAUUUGGUCCAUUUAUUCAUCGAAUACAAGCUGUUCAUAAGGUUAUUUUACUAUAUAACAAGAUAUCGUCAACAUCAAAAACAAAAUGAAGAAAUUGAAGAGGAUGCCGACGUAGCAGAAGAAAAUAAUAAAAUAAGGAAUGCUAGUCGCGAUGAGCUUCUCAACUAUGCUCUGAUACUACGGGACCUAACCAAAUACUAUGGCAAGUUCUUGGCUGUAAACUGUUUGUGCUUAGGUGUGCGAGACCACGAUUGUUUUGGCUUGCUAGGAAUUAACGGCGCUGGCAAAACCACCACAUUUAUGAUGAUGACCGGAGACAUAAGGAUCACUUAUGGUGACGGUUUUAUUAAAGGAUUCAGCAUAAAACAUCAAUUCAGAAAGGUCCAAAAAUGUAUUGGGUACUGUCCUCAAUUUGAUGCCCUUCUUGAUGAUAUGACUGCUAAAGAGACAAUUAUAAUGUUUGCGCUGCUGAGAGGCAUGAGUUUUGGAGACGCUAAAAGAUUAGCGACGGUAUUAGCGACAGAGUUCGAUUUUCUACGUCACUUCAAGAAGCCAGUGAGGACCCUGAGUGGUGGGAACAAGAGGAAAUUGAGUUCAGCCAUUGCUACUAUCGGAGAUCCACCCGUGAUUUAUUUCGAUGAACCCACAACAGGAAUGGAUCCUGCAACAAAACGCUACUUAUGGAAUGCAUUGUGUAAAAUUCGUGACAGCGGUAAAUGCUUGGUCCUCACUUCCCACAGUAUGGAGGAAUGUGAAGCCCUCUGCACCAGAAUUGCCAUUAUGGUGAACGGACAGUUCAAGUGUCUGGGCUCAUCACAACACCUCAAGAACAAAUUCGCAAAGGGCUACAAUCUCAUCAUUAAACUAAAGAAACCAACAGAUGGUCUGGCCAUUAAUACACAACUGGUAGAGCAGUUCAUUAAAUUGCAAUUCCCCAAGGCAAAGCUGAAAGAGAAACACGAGGAGUUAAUGUAUUAUCACGUCAAAGAUGUGUCCAGGCCCUGGUCUGAGAUGUUCGGUAUUUUGGAGAGGGCCAAGAAAGGCAACUAUAAUAUAGAGGAUUAUUCUCUUGGACAGAGCAGUCUUGAGCAGGUUUUUCUUAAUUUCACUAGACUUCAAAGAUAAUUCAUUACAACAAACAAACUGCACCAUUGUACUAUUUACUUAUUUCAAACAAAAUGCAUUGUUACACGUAUUAAUAUUAAGAUGAAA